AAACGGCAUUUUUGAAUGCGUCAACUGCUUCUUCUGGUGACUGGAACCUUUGAUCACGCAGUCUGUUUUUAAUUUUCGAGAAAAAAUCAUUAGGACUUAGAUCGGGACUAUAUGGAAGAUGGUCCAAAAAUUCCACGUUUUCUUCCGUUAAAUACUGCCUUGUUUUUUGGGCUGUGUGCGAGCUUGCAUUGUCUUGGUGGAGGAUGAUUC